CCACACAAAGAAGAGUGUAAACGGAAGUGAACACUAAGAACAUUUUCCACGUUAGCGUUUUUGUUGUUAUUUAGAUUUUAUUAAUUAUUAACACCCUGGAAUACAAAAUAUGAAUAAUUUAACUGCACAGCAUCACAUACUUACGACAUUUAGUCUUUAAUUCGCUUUGGAGACAUGACUUGGUUGAUAGGUGUUAUCUAGGUAACACUAGCUAGCUAGCUGCUAACAAUGGCUAACUGUAUGGUUUUUCAAACUCAAAUAGCCUCCAUCAUGGAGGUGCUAGCGAAUGCAGCCGUGGCAGAGAUCUGUAAACUCGUAGACGACGACUAUGCAGUGUUUCGUUUGGAAAUAACUCAAAGCCACAAAGAAAACAGGACAUUGCGGAGGAAACUACAGCUACUGGAACUGAAGGUGUCACGAGAGCGCGUCCUCGCCAUUCGACCCAGUAGUGUCAAGAUCCUUGACAAAUACAGAGGAAUGUCAAGAGGUGAAGGACCUCUCACUGGAGGCCACAGGAGCUUUGUGAAGCCAGCGGGACAAAAUACAUGGAGAGAUGACCAACCAAUCACUGUUGAUGAGGGGAGUGGAACCUCAACCCAGCACAUUAUCAUGAUAGAGUCUGCAGAUGCAGAGGCUGCAGGUCCUGGGGUCAAGCAGGAGAGGUCUGAAGGAGAGGAGGAACCACAGCAUAGAAGAGACAUCCAGACUGGUGCGGCUAGAGAGCCCCCUGUAGCCACGGAUGAACCCACCACUGCCCCAGUGCAGCCCAGGACCCAACGAAGCGGCACGGAGGAGGAGGAGGGUCCAGAGGUGCUGCGGGUGAAGGAGGAGGGGUGUGAGGAGGGUCUGGGGAACCCUGAGGGGACCAUGGUCAUGGAGGACAACCAGCCUAAACCUCCUCCUGAACCCACAGAGGACCCAGCUGCGCAACACAGGACCACACACAGUCUCACUGAGUCAGUAGACAUGGAGGAUGGGAAGCCUGAUCUGCUACUGGUAAAAGAGGAGACAAUAGAAGACGGACCAGUGAGCAUUGAUCUGCUGAGUGGACCUAAGAUGGGGGAGCAAGGUGGGUGGCUGGAGGCUAACAGAAGAGACUGGGCAGUCAUCUUGGAUUCCCAGACCGGUGCAGCCAAGGACCCAGGGGACAACAUCACUGAGCAAGACAGGACCAGCGGCGAUAUAGUGGAGGGAUGGAGAAAAAGUGUGACACCAAUCAGGCCCUCGAGGACUGGAGUUGCCCAUCCCUGCUUUAGCUUUUAUAGUGAGUCUGCAGUCCAUGAGGACCUGCUGAUAUCAGGUGUUGCUGGCGGGAGAGACUGGAACUUUGAGGUGGCUGGUCACAAACCCUGGCCCUGGAUCAGAACCCUGGAUCAGGAACCAUCGCGCUUCCUUCCCGAUUUGGAACUAGGACCGAACCAUGAGGGACAGAGACUCCACCACACAGAACACAACCAGUGGACAGGUGGACUGAACAACCUCAGUCCUGGUGGUCAUCAGAGAGACAGAGGCUCCAGUCAGGGAUCCAGUCUGCAGCCCAGACCCUUCUCUUCACAGUCUCAGUGCAGGGGUGAAGCAGGGCCUGGAGCUGAUAGAGACAGAGAUAGACCCUCCUGUUCCUAUGAUACAAACAUCACAGUAUCCAUGAUGAACAGAGCAGGUCACCCUGGGCUUCAGCCUUCACAGAGAGUAGUGGGAGACCCCUCUGGUGGUAGUCUAAUAGGAAGUCUCUCUUCUCCUUCAGGAUCUCAUCAUAGAAGACCUGGGUCUAGCCUUCCUCAGCUACCUCAGGUUUACCACACCAAUACAGACAUGGUCAAGAUGGGCGUUCACCACAAGAGGUACCAAGCCCAUAACACAGAACACAAUCCCAACAACACCCAUACAAUGGCUAGAGGUCAAAGAAGGAGCUCAAAGACUAACCAACUGAGGGUGGUGGCUCCUGCUUCUACCUCCGGUGUCAUUGGCUCACAACGUGGGAGGCCAAGCGUUAGGUCGGACGCAGACAAGCCGCAUGCAUGUCCCACAUGUGGGAAGCGUUUCACUGAGGCGAACUAUGUGAAGAGGCACCAGACUGUUCACACCAAGGAGAGGCCCUUCAAGUGUAAAUUGUGUUACAAGAGCUUUGCCUUCUUGAGUAACCUUAUCAGACAUAAGAGUGUCCACAAUGGGAAGAAAUUGUAGCAUUGUGGUUUGAGAUGUACAAAAGGGGAUAUCUGAGAACCAUUUUUUAGCUGACAUAAUAUAAUUAUCAUGUGAAAUGUCUUGGGGCAAGAGGUUAAUUAAUCACUCUCCUUAAAACCCUUUGUUAACUUUGUAAAUACCUGUUUUUAGAGAGACAAUAGCCUAAACCUAGUCUAGAACAUGGACAGUUGAGUAUUUACCGUACUGAGGUUGACGUAGAUGGAAUAAAUUAAUUGUAUUGUAUUAUUUUCUACUGUAUUCUUACUAACACAAAGAUUAGUCAUUUCCUGACAGGCUGCAGGAGUGCUCCACGGGAGAUGUGGCAUUUGAUAUGAAUAUGAGGAUGGUUCUCCUAGCCCACAAACUUGGACUUGGUUAUGCAGCUCUAAAGAAAAUAAGCAAAGUCCUAGGGAUUCCUUCCUUGCUUCUCAGCUCAUAUCAGAGACAUGACAGGUAAAUAAAAAGGGAGAGUAGGCCAUUAUUGUCAGGUGACUUGCUGUAUUCAAAGUUAAGAAAACAGAGUAAUAUGAAAACAUAACUAUCCAACGAGACUGCCACAGUAGGCCUACAGUGUCAUAGGGCUGUAGCCUAAUGUGAUUGGUGAGAAAUUAGCUUAACAUAAAGUAAAUACAUGCUGAUAUGCUCAUAUUUACAUGGGUAACAUGCUGAUAUUUAGUCCUGCAGUUAUGUCUGUAAUGUCGACAGACAUAAUAAGUACUUUUCCCCCUACUUUAGUUGCAGAGAUUCACAGAGGGCUACUAGUCAAUGGAGAGUGCUUCAAAGAUAAUUAGAAGAGCAUACGCAGAUAUAGACCCAGACAUAGCAAAGUUUCUGAAUGAGGAUGCCAUCAUAGACAUUAAUGUAUCCUUCAAUGGCACUUGGAACAAGAGAUGAUUCACUUCCAACUACGGGAUAGGUGUGUGCAUUGGUGCUGGUACCAGCGAGCCAUAGAAAAUGGUGAAGAUCGACCCUGUAAAAAAAACCUUGGAGGCCAUACAUUUUUAAUAGAGAAGUUGCGCAGAAAAUGGCACCUGUAUAUCAUAUGAUGUCAAAUGAUAACGUCCUCAAAAGAAUGUAGCACGGAGGAAUCCAGAAUGCAAAUGAAUGUCUGAACUCUGUAAAUAUGGUCGCGAUGCCCCAAAACUGUCUUCGUGGGCAAAAGCCGCAUUGACGGAACAGCCAGUACGGCAAUACCCACGUUCAAUGAGGGAGCCACUGCUAUAACAAAGUUGAUGAACAAAUUGUGGCUUGAAAGCACUUUGGUGACACUGGAGCAAUCAGAGAGGAGAUGUGAGAGCUGAUGCUGCUUCAAUGGAGUGUGCCAAGAUUAGGCGUAAAUCCCAUGACACAGUCAAAAAAGUAAAGUGUCACCAGCAAUAACUCAAAGAGGGCCUUACAUAUGGGGCAGGCAUUGCUGAUUAAUGUUCUGCACAUUUCAACAGCCAUACAGAAUCCUUGUAUGUGACAAAUUGAGCAAAGCGAUAUGAGAAUUUGCCCUAAAACUGCAUAUUUGCCCAACAGUCGAGUAUUCAAAGCAAAUGCUCUAUUGCUUGAAACAAAUGUAUUAAACGUGCUAAUAUAUUUGUAAAAUGUAUAUUUGAUGUUUACUUUUCAGUUUAGUAGUGAUAUAUGAAUAAGAGUUUCAUUAAUGUGACAUAAAUUGUCAAUAUUUUUGGAAAGUACAUUCUAAUUGCAUUUAUCGGCCAUUUCCUCAAAAUGACAGUGCACCAAUUAAUUUCUCUCAGUCUUCAAAAGGACGUACAUUCCCAUUAUUCCACACACAAGUUCUUAGGUCUUAUAGUCAGACUUUUACAGAGGCUUUUUUAUAUAUAUCUUGUAUCGUCAUUUUAUGUGUAAAUAUAUGCAAAAUAUGCAUCCGUUAUACUGAAGUGUAUUUUAAAUAAUUCCAUGAAUUGGCAAUAUUUUAAUAAACUGAUCUGUAAAAGACUGACCAUUGAGUGUCUUAACACAAUAAAACAAAAAAA